AUGCUGGUUCUACUCACAACAAGUGCCUUUCAUGAUACUCACAUCUAUAAUAAACACCAAACACUUUUUGGUCCCAAUGAGUGGAUUUGGGCUGAUUCUGCCUAUCCCAGUGAGAAGUGGUGUGUUGUGCCAUUCAAAAAACCACCUGGUGGGCAGAUCACCCAUAAUCAGAAAGUCUUUAACUAUCAUCUAUCCAAGAUAAGUGUCUGUACAGAGCAUACAUUUGCAGCUUUGAGAGAACACUUUCAAUCUCUCAAGAAUUUGAGGAUCAACAAUAAUGAUACCAAUGAACAUAGGUUUGCAAUGGCAUGGAUCAAAUGCUGUUUAAUCUUGCACAACAUGAUUAUUGAUAUUGAAGAGAAGAGGGGAGAAAAUACAGCCAAUUGGGCUCUUGAGGAGGGAUUGGAGGAAAUCAGCGAUGAGGAAGAAGACUUAGAGAUGACAGAGGAUAAGGGGAUACCUGCUUUUGAUAAUUCUUUGUCCCAUGGCCAGAACUUUUGUGACAGUCUUAUGGAUCCAAUCUUAAGAGCUCUGGCCAGAGCUCCAGCUUAA